AGCAUGUUGAUUGCUCUUUCAGGUAGCCUUAUGCUAGAGGCUGUUGGGGUUCAUUGGGCAACAUAAAGCAGCAUGUCAACCCCCGUGACAGAUGGUGACACGGAGAAGCUCUCCAAGAAUGAAAUGAAGAGGCGAGCACGAGCACAGCAAAAGGAAAAAGAGAAACAACAGAAGGCUCUUGAUGAAAAGCCUCAGCUCCUGUCACCUGAAGACAAAGCCUUGGAGCAACCCAAGGAAGAAGAGAUAUCUCCCAAUGAAUAUUACAAGUUGAGAUCCAUCAUGAUUCGCCAGCUGAAAGAGUCUGAUGAAUCACCAUACCCACACAAAUUCCACGUCUCAACUUCCUUAACCUCAUUUAUUGAGAGUUAUGAUUCCUUGGAAGUUGGUUUUGUCAAGGAGGAUGAAGUUGUUUCUGUAUCAGGUCGAAUUCAUGCAAUCAGAGAAUCAGGAGCCAAGCUUGCUUUUUAUGAUCUGAGAGGGGAGGGUGUGAAGAUCCAAGUGAUGGCAAAUGCAAGAUAUUAUGAGAAUGGCCUAGAAAGCUUUCUCAAGGAUACUGCCAAAUUCCGCAGAGGGGACAUACUUGGUUGCAUAGGUUACCCUGGUAAGACCAAGAAGGGAGAGCUGAGCAUCAUACCAAAGAGAAUGCAGCUUUUAUCACCUUGUCUUCACAUGCUACCUCGUCUUCACUUUGGAAUUAAGGAUAAGGAGACAAGGUACAGACAGAGGUACUUGGACAUGAUCAUCAACGAGCAUGUGAGAGAGAAAUUCUAUACUCGUUCACGCAUCGUGGCUCACAUGAGGAGAUUCUUUGAUGGACUGGGAUUUUUGGAAGUUGAAACUCCAAUGAUGAACCCAAUCCCUGGUGGUGCUACAGCACGACCCUUCGUCACCCAUCAUAAUGAACUUGACAUGGAUCUUUACAUGAGAAUUGCACCUGAACUCUAUCUGAAGGUUAUGAGCAUGGUCAAGAGUCUCUUUGGGACACAUAAAAUCAAGUAUCAUCCCAAUGGGCCAGAGGGUGAAGAGUGGGAGAUAGAUUUCACCCCCCCAUUCAAGAGGAUCAGCAUGAUGAAGGAUUUGGAGAAAGAGCUUGGAGAAUCAUUACCUCCCCCAGGUGCUCUUAUGACAUCUGAAGGAAGAGAUGUUUUGGAUAGGAUAUGCAUAGCCAAAGGAGUUGAGUGCCCACCACCACGUACAUCUGCUCGACUUCUUGAUAAGCUUGUGGGAGAAUUCCUGGAAUCAUCUUGUAUCAGCCCAACUUUUGUGAUCGAUCACCCUGAAGUAAUGUCCCCAUUGUCCAAAUAUCAUCGAUCAGAGCCAGGCCUAACAGAGCGUUUGGAACUCUUUGUGGCUCGCAAAGAAGUGGUCAAUGCUUAUACAGAACUGAACGACCCAUUUGUGCAGAGAGAACGUUUCGAGCUGCAAGCUAAGGACAAAGCUGCUGGGGAUGAUGAAGCACAGUUGAUAGAUGAGAAUUUCUGUACUGCUUUGGAGUAUGGACUUCCACCAACAGCAGGCUGGGGCCUUGGUGUGGACAGGCUUGCAAUGUUCCUUACUGAUUCUAACAACAUCAAGGAGGUGUUAUUCUUCCCAGCUAUGAGACCUGAGGAUCCUGGAACUGGCAAGCCAGAUGAUCCUCCCGCAACCAACUCUCACUCAUAAUAAAUGAACAAGAUUCUAGACCAGACCGAGUUUUCUUGUUUUCUCCUACUCCUUUUGCUCGUUUUUUUGUGUUCUUUAUCUCUCAGACCCUUUCCUUUAUUGUCCCUGUUAUUUAUCAUUUCAUUUGUCAUUGUGGUUGAUGAAUGGAAGAUUCUUCCGCCUAGAAGAA